AUGGACGUGGACGUGGACGUGGACAUGGACGUGGACGUGGACGUGGACGUGGUCGUGGACGUGGUUGUGGACGUGGACGUGGACGUGGAUGUGGACGUGGACGUGGACGUGGUCGUGGACGUGGACGUGGACGUGGACAUGGACGUGGACGUGGACGUGGACGUGGACGUGGAUGUGGACAUGGACGUGGACGUGGACAUGGACGUGGACGUGGACAUGGACGUGGACGUGGACGUGGACGUGGUCGUGGACGUGGUCGUGGACGUGGACGUGGACGUGGACGUGGACGUGGACGUGGACGUGGUCGUGGACGUGGACGUGGACGUGGACGUGGACGUGGACAUGGACGUGGACGAGGACAUGGACGUGGACGUGGACGUGGACGUGGACGAGGACGUGGACGUAGACCUGGACAUGGUCAUGGACGUGGACAUGGACGUGGACGUGGAAGUGGACGUGGACAUGGUCGUAGACGUGGACGAGGACUUGGACGUGGACGUGGACGUGGACGUGGACGUGGACGUGGACGAGGACCUGGACGUGGACGUAGACGUGGACAUGGACGACGUGGACGUAGACCUGGACAUGGUCGUGGACGUGGACAUGGACGUGGACGUGGAAGUGGACGUGGACAUGGUCGUGGACGUGGACGUGGACGUGGACGUGGACAUGGACGUGGACAUGGACGUGGACGAGGACGUGGACGUGGACGUGGACAUGGACGUGGACGAGGACAUGGACGUGGACGUGGACGUGGACGUGGAUUUGGACGAGGACGUGGACGUAGACCUGGACAUGGUCGUGGACGUGGACAUGGACGUGGACGUGGAAGUGGACGUGGACAUGGUCGUGGACGUGGACGAGGACUUGGACGUGGACGUGGACGUGGACGUGGACGAGGACCUGGACGUGGACGUGGACGUGGACAUGGACGUGGACGUGGACAUGGACGUGGACAUGGUCGUGGAAGUGGACGUGGACAUGGACGUGGACGUGGACGUGGACGUGGACGUGGACGUGGACGUGGACGUGGACGUGGACGUGGACAUGGACGUGGACAUGGACGUGGACGUGGACGUGGACGUGGACGUGGACAUGGACGUGGACGUGGACGUGGACGUGGACGUUGACGUGGACGUGGACGUGGACAUGGACGUGGACAUGGACGUGGACGUGGACGACAUGGACGUGGACGUGGACGUGGACGAGGACGUGGACGUAGACCUGGACAUGGUCGUGGACGUGGACAUGGACGUGGACGUGGAAGUGGACGUGGACAUGGUCGUGGACGUGGACGAGGACUUGGACGUGGACGUGGACGUGGACGUGGACGUGGACGAGGACCUGGACGUGGACGUGGACGUGGACAUGGACGUGGACGGGACGUGA